GCAGCAUGUAGUUGCCUUGCCCGCUGUCCCUACAUGUUCAAAUCCCCGCACUUUCAACUCCGUUCUGUGGAAAAAGAUUGAAGACAAGUUAUCGCUGCCGGCCCACACCUCCUUCCUCAAUUCAUUUUAUCACUGCCUUCAAAAGCUAAGACAUUCUUCAACGCAGAAUUCAACGCACUCCGUCUCACUUUGCUUUUAUCCGUUGUGCUUAUAGCAGCAACAGGUAACUACCACCUCAUCAACAUGUCGUCUCACCACCUCUCUGAGUUGGACUCCACCACCGAUUCCGUCGCGUCCUCUCCACGCUCCGAGCACCAUGCUCCUCAUGAUGCCCGUGUACGGUUCAUGUGCAGUUUCGGCGGAAAGAUCCUUCCACGUCCACAUGAUAAUCAGCUCCGUUAUGCCGGUGGUGAUACCCGCAUCGUUGCCAUCCAUCGUUCCACCUCCUUCGCAGCCAUCCUCACAAAGCUCUCUAAACUCUCAGGAAUUGCCAACGUGAGUGUUAAGUAUCAGCUUCCAAACGAGGAUCUUGACGCGUUGAUUUCAGUGACGACCGAUGAGGAUCUCGAGAACAUGAUGGAAGAAUAUGAUCGGCUAGCACAGAAUCAUAACCCUCGGUUGCGGAUUUUUCUUUUCUCCAAAGGCGAAGACUCUCGAACCAGUAGCAUCAGCUCACUUUUGGACGGUUCGGUUAAUCGUGAGCACUGGUUCUUAGACGCUCUUAACAGUGGAGCCAAUGCAUCUGGUCUCGAACGCGGCCGUUCCGAGGUUUCCUCGAUUGUAUCGGAGGUACCCGAUUAUUUAUUCGGGUUGGAUAACUCCGAUGAGGCCCAACCCCGUGGCCCGAAAUUAAGUACACGUCAGCUCUUGCAUGAGAAUGUCUCGGUUUCGGACCCGGGUUCGCCGGCCCCGGUUGUUUCUUCAUCGCCCUUUUGUUCCACCUCAUCAGCUCCAGUUGUUAUACCUUCAAUGCCAGAUCUGCCACCGGUUAAGACUAAACCAGAUAACCCCGAACCGGGUUUUGAGUCAAAGCAGAAUCAAACAGAGAGCUUGGUGGAGCAACCCGUUUUGCAGCCAACGGCAUAUUCGGGUAGUCCCAUGUGGCACUAUAUUCCGGGUUCUCAUUACUCUGUACCUCCCGCUCAACAAAUACCUGUAUAUUAUGUUCCGGGUCCAGCUCAAUCCGGAAAUCCGCAGGUUCAACCUGUUCAAAUCCGGCCACAGUAUGUCCAGCAGUAUCCAAUGUCAACGGGUCAAAUACCGGUUGGGUAUCAUCAGCCGGUUGCUGGUGUGGGUCAAGCAUACAGGCCAGUAACGCACGUGGACCCUUAUGAUCCCGCAUUAAGAGUGGCUCCUGAUGGUGUGAAACAACCUAUAUAUUAUGGAGUUAGAAAUGCGGGUCCAGUGCCAGUUUACUCAGGAAUGGUGGUGCCGGGUGGGGAGGAAUUGGGUAGAAGCGGGUCGGAUUCAACACAGAGUCGGGUCUCGCAAGAAGGCCGGUAAGUGAGCGUGUGUUAAAUAAUGGAAAGGUAAUUUCGUUUUGGUAUGGUUGGUUUGAUGAUUAUCAUGAACUGGGUUUUAAUAAAUGCUAGAUUGUAUAGGCUGGUUUUGGAAGUUUUUGUGAUUAAAACUGUGAAUGGCUUCUGAUUUUGAAACAAAAUGUAUAGAAAGUCACAAGGUUUGCUCUAAAUAUGUAGAUAUAAUAGUGUUUUCUUUGCAA